AAAAAAAAAAAAAAAGUCAUAAUAAUAAUAAGAAUAAUAGUCGCUGAUAUUUCUGCAGGAUUUCUUCAAUGAACGGCUGUCUGAUGCUAAAAACCAAAACACUUCACUAACAAUAACGUCCCAAAGUUUACAUGCAUGUUUACAAAUCUGUUAUAAUUCGGGCCAUUUUAUUAGGCUCAUAUCAGGGUGCGCGCACAGAUAAAUUAGAAAAAAUUCGAGGGAGCAAGGAAAGCUCAUGGAAAUGUGAUCAAAACUCAGCAGACACACUGUUUCACGCAUUUAAAGCGGUUCGAGGCCGCAAAAGCGAGUUUUUGGUGCGUUUUAAAUGGACUAUUGCUGUAGGAAGUUAAAACAAUGCAGCACGUGCUCACAGUUUGGCUUCUCCUCAAAACAGAAACUUUCACGGACGGACAUUGGACAGUCGCGUCCGUGUCCGUUUUUCAGAGCUAGACGUUCCCGUGUUCGGUGUCUUUUCCUGCGUUUUCCAUGUUUUUGAAUGUUGUGGAUUAUUUUAUUUUAUUUAAUUUUUUGGGACGGCAAGUGAACACGCACGUGAACAGAAGUUCUGCAACUCCGCACGCGGGCGUUAAUUGAUAAAGAAAAAGUGCUCGAGACGGUUUAUUUAACGCAAAAGAAAAAGAAAACUGCCUCGGUGUGUGAGCUAAAGGUGUCUUACUUAGAUUUGUAUUAUUUUUAUUGUUAUUAUUAUUAUUUUCUGUUAGUAGGAGGACAGGAGUUGUAAUGCGUAACAGGAGGAGGAGGAGUGGAAGCUGGGAAACGCAGCGGAGGGCAUUGCAUGUGCCAACUAUAUUCUGUGAGUAUGCCUUUGUGAAGAAAGCUCGUCACCCUCGCCGGGAUUCCCCGUAACAUUUUCAACAAGAGAGAAGGGAGGAAAGAGAGAAAAAAGAACAUCAACAAAAAAAACAACAACCCCAAAACAAACAAAAACCCAGCAAAAAUGGACAAAGAAAGUGUCGGUACGCAAUACGAGCCUGUGGCCGAGAUUGGAGAGGGUGCAUACGGGAAAGUGUACAAGGCGAGGGAUUUGAAGAACGGGGGACGCUUUGUAGCCCUAAAAAGAGUUCGUGUCCAGACGGAGGAAGAGGGCAUGCCUCUUUCAACCAUCCGGGAGGUGGCGGUACUGAGGCAGUUGGAGGCCUUUGAGCACCCCAAUGUUGUCAGGUUGUUUGAUGUCUGCACGGUCUCUCGGACUGACAGAGAAACCAAGCUCACGCUGGUGUUUGAGCAUGUGGAUCAAGAUCUAACCACAUACCUGGAGAAGGCUCCUGACCCCGGCGUUCCACCUGAGACCAUUAAGGAUAUGAUGUACCAGCUGCUUCAGGGGCUGGACUUUCUGCACUCGCACCGAGUGGUUCACCGUGACCUGAAACCUCAGAAUAUUCUGGUGACCAGUGCAGGUCAGAUCAAACUGGCAGACUUUGGUUUAGCCCGCAUCUACAGCUUCCAGAUGGCGCUCACAUCAGUGGUGGUGACGCUGUGGUACAGAGCUCCUGAAGUGCUGCUCCAGUCCAGUUACGCUACACCGGUGGACCUGUGGAGCGUUGGCUGCAUCUUCGCUGAAAUGUUCAGGAGGAGACCCCUUUUUCGAGGAAACUCUGAUGUAGAUCAGCUGGGAAAGAUCUUUGAUGUUGUUGGAGUACCUUCACCAGACGACUGGCCUCAAGAAGUGGCCUUACCACAGAGUGCCUUCACACCCCGACCCCCAAAACCAAUAGAAGACUUGGUGCCAGACAUGGAUGAAGAUGGACGAGGCCUGUUAAUGCAAUUUCUCACCUUCAACCCCUCCAGGAGGAUAUCUGCCUUCUCUGCGUUGACUCACCCCUACUUUCAAAGCGUGGACAGUGACAGCAGGAGUCUGUACGCUACCCACUCAAUCCCCAGCAACAAACCUACUAUUGAGGAGAGGAUAGCCUGAUAGUCCUACUUACACCUGCAACUAUCCCAAACAGUGACUAUAAGAAGUAUUUUUGGACCCAUUUGGUAUUUCUGAGUGUUUAGCAACCAAAAAGCAUUAAUUAAGCUUUUUGACACUUACCAGUGAAAGACAGUCCUUAAGAUGCCCUUUACAUAAACGUCAGCCUUUUAUUCUAACAAACUGAAUCUUUGUGCCACACCUUCAUUCUGUCAUAAUACAUUUGAUAUGGACUCCAGUAUUGUUUGUUUUAUUUAACUGGCUAGUUUUAGACCACUUGAAGAUCCUCCUAUUGCCCUGGGUUGUAAGGUUUUUUUCUGGAGUUGUAUUUAAAUCCUUUUUGAUCCUAACAAAACCUAAGCAUUCUGUUAAAAAAGUUAUUUCAACGUGGCAUUUCCAGCAUCUGGGUAUGCAUAAGUUAGCAUGCCAAAAAGGUGACAUUGAUGCCGUCCUCUUUUAUCUUUACCUCACUUUUAAUUUCCAAAAAGAAAAUUAACUACAAAGUUUGCAGAAGCUCCUUUUUAAUUGAAGAAAUGUGAGUCUGAUUCCCACAGCCAACAGCAACGGCUUCAAUCAGAUGUAACCUUAUUGAUGCACCCUUUAAUUGCCCUUUUUGUCCUUACCAAAUCCUUAAAAGAACAUUGAAAGAAUAGAAGACAGAAAUCUUAUUUUAUUAUUAUUCUUUGAAUGUAUCCUUGGAUUCACCAUGAUGCUGAAAAAUAUCAAAACUGCUGAAAUUGAACCUAAACAUGCUUUCACAAACCUUCAGUUUAAGGCUGAGGACAUUUAUGCAACAAGAUCACUGCAGCUUUUCUUUUUUUUAUUUUUUACCCUUCUUCCGCUAAUGCUUUCACUUGACUUAUGCAAGAUAAAAUUUCACAUUUUACAUUACAAAACAACAUUUUAUCUGCUGUUUUGAGAGCCAGUGUGUCUGUAUGUCAAAAAGCUUAAUUAACUGCCGUUUUAUGUGUCAUUAAUGUAACGAUGGGAGGGAAAUACUUUUUAUAAUCAAUGUACAACACUCCUGAAAGUACUCAAAAAAACAAAACAAAAAAAAAAACAAGGAUAGCAAGAAGGCAUGAAAGCAGAUCAUGCCCUUGAACCAUGCACAAAAGCUGCCCCCUCAAGAACCAAUGGAUCUUAAUUGCUGCUUUUAGGUUGUGAAAUGUUAUCUAACAAUGCAAAUACAGGCCUGCAUCUUAUAUCGACUCCUCGUCGAGAGGCCGGACACGUUUUAGGGACUGAAGCUUCUUUAUGACCAGUGUUUAGACUUUUGAGACUGCCCUCCUGUCUUGAGGACCAGACAGGGUCCGAAGAGGACAGCGUGGAUCUUACCUGCCUUCAUGCUCACUAUGGAAGUGUGCUAUAAGGGGACGAACAAUGGGAGUACACUUGCAAAUACUCAACCCAAGCACGCUCAUGUACCUAUAAAAGUCACAAGGAAUCACAAGCCAGCCUUUCACUGCCAUGUUCCUCGUCAUUUUAAUGUUAACUAUAAUACUGCUGCCAUCUUGUGGAUAUCUAGAGUAACUGCAGACAAACCAGUAGCGGGAUUCUAAUGGUUGCUGCGCUCUUCAAGAACUCUAUGGGCUGAUCAUAACGGUGCUGAGACAAUGAAAACUGAUCCUGCCACUUACUUUAAGACUUUUGAAUGACUCUUUCUUCGCCAUUGUGGGAUUUUAUCAUUAUAAAUUUCACCUAUUUGAAAUCUAAAUGAUAGUGUAAUGCACAGGCUUGCUUUCUGGGGAUAAAGACCCACCAGCACCAUUCAGUCUGAAACAUCUGGCAAAGUGUUAUCAAAAAAUAAUCUGUAUUUAAUUUUAAUUUUAUUGACAAGUCUUAUAUGCUUUUUACUGGAUUUUAUGUAUUUCUUUUAAGACUUUUUCUUAAUAAGCUGGGGAUACGGUAUUCUUACACCAAGUGCACCAACUCUGCUCAGAGUUUGUGCAAGGAAUGUGUAGAAAACUAGGUAUUGGUACUGUACAGUGUAUUCAGCUAGGUGCAACGACAGAAGCUGUUGAUAAAGCACAUAGAUAUGUCAUAAAAGUGGCUAGAUGUAUGUAGAGUAGGCGAAGGUCUAUGGAAAGUUGUAUGAUGAGAGCAUUUUGUUUCUUGAAAUUGUUGGGUGGAAUCAAUGGCUCUGCUUUGCUGUGGACUGAUCGUAGCUAUGAAUUUUACAGUAGUGUUAAUGAUGAGAUGAUACGUUUUUAUUUACAGUUUUUGCUUUGACAUUAAUGUGCCGUUUUAUUGCAAUUCCGUUUUUUGUUUUGGUUUUUUGUAAAUGAUCAAGGAAAAGGCAAGUUAUGCAGAGCUGUAUUUUUGUAUUUUGUAGUUCUUGCAGAACAGUAACAAUUUAACACUGGUUGGUUUAUGUUUUUUCUAACAGGUAGUGCUACUAGCACACACACAAACACACUCAUUUUUCAACUCUCUCAGGUUUUUUCUGGAUGUCCAAACCUCUUGGGCACAGUUUGCACAUCUCUUGGCUUACUAAGUGACCACAUAACGAUUCUUUCAGGUUUCCUAUCAAGCUGUCUCAUAAUGGUGUCUUUGAUUAUAGUCUACUGUUAAUACUAUUUAUCCAUUAUGUUACUGUAGUCGUUUCUGUUUGAAAUAGACUGUUAUUACCAGCAACAUGUAUUUGCUGAACGGCAAGCAUAACAGAUCUGCUUAACUAAACACUGUGUUCAUUUUCUAUUUGAUAGCAAGAUUUCUGAUGCUAAGUGCUCCAUAAUAAAGCUGCAUAAUUAUAAAGCUAUAAUUACUUUAGAAAUAGUGUUUUAUAAUUGAACUAAUGACAGUUUUGGUCAUCAAAGUUCACGCAAUCAUUUCUAGAACUCGCCAUGUAACACAUUUAAAUCUCAUGUCUAAAAGCAGUUUAACAGUUUCAAAACAAGGAACAUGGAAUACAUAAAUACAUCAUAUCAGUCAGAUUGGCAUAAUGUAUGAAUGCAUUGGUGUCAUAAUAUGGUGUUGCACCAGCUGAAUAAAGUGCAGAAUUUUGCUAAUGUUUUUUGGAUUUGUCUAUGAAUGUGAUUCAAUAAAUCACCAUGACACCCUUUUCAUUA